CAAGGGACGCAAAAUCUUCACAAAACCUAUCGCCACACACACUAACGCACCAUCAAAACACACACAGAAUAAAUCGGAUACACCACACGACAGAGAAAUCGUGAAGCAGGGAAUCAUGGCGGCUACGGUGAAGACGGCGUGGGCGAAGCCAGGCGCGUGGGCUCUGGACGCGGAGGAGAACGAGACGGAGCUCCUCCAGCAACAGAAGGAGGAUUCGGCGGCCGCCGCGGCCGCGACCAACGGCCACUCUGAGACGGCGGAUUUCCCGUCGCUGGCGGCGGCGAAGACUAAGAAGAAGAAGAAGCAGGUCCUGUCGCUCCAGGAAUUCACGACCUACAGCGCGGCGAAGCCGGCGGCGUUCCAGGCGUCGAAGGGAUUGACGACGGACGAGCUGAUGGCUCUGCCGACCGGUCCGCGCGAGCGGUCUGCGGAGGAGCUCGAUCGGAGCAAGGGAUUCAGAUCCUACGGCAGCGGGAUGAGGGAUGAGCAGCCGCGGCGGCAGGGGAGCUUCAAUCGGGAGUCGAAUCGUGAAAUUGCGCCGUCUAGGGCUGACGAGACUGAUAAUUGGGCGGCUGGGAAGAGGUCGCCUGCUAGUAGUGGGUUUGAGAGGAGGGAGAGGGGGGAAAGAGGGGGUUUCUUCACCGAUUCGCAAUCGAGAGCGGAUGAGGUUGAUAAUUGGGCGUCGAACAAGAGUUUUGCCCCUUCUUCUGAGCCUAGGAGGUAUGAGAGAAGGGGGAGCUUUGGAUUGGAAUCGAGCAACGGUGGAGCAGAUUCAGGUAGUUGGGUGAAGAGAAGAGAAGAGGAAGGGCCGAGGAUGGGCGGCGCCUUUGAUAGUUUGAGGGAGAGGAGAGGGGGUUCGGAUUUGAAUGGGGCGGAUUCGGAGAGCUGGGGCAGGAGAGGGGGUUCGGAGUCGAAUGCUGGCAGUAGGCCAAGAUUGAAUUUGCAACCUAGAACACUUCCCGUGGUUGAUAUUGCUGCUCCGGAGAAGCCUAAGCCCGAGAUUGCUCCUCCGGUGAUUGUGAAGUCGAAAGGGAGCAAUCCAUUUGGCGAGGCAAGGCCGAGAGAGGAGGUGUUGAAGGAGAAGGGCCAAGAUUGGAAGGAGAUUGAGGAGAAGCUCGAGUCUACCAAGAUUAAGGAGGUGGUUUCUGAUGGACCGGAUCCUCCAAGGAAGAACUUUUGGAGCGGGAGAGAGAGGCGGCAGGAAGAGAAGACUGAGAGGGCUUGGAGAAAGCCAGAAUCUGCUGAUUCCCGCCCACAGAGCGCUGAGGAACCCGUGAACGAGCAUUCUGAGAAAUCCGAAAAUGGACAUGCUGAAGAGGCUGAAGGGGGAGAGGCACAGACCUAAAGCUGAGGAAGUGUGUGAGCUUUGAGAAAACAGAAAAAAGGAGCAAUGCAUCUGCUGAGCUGAUAGAAUUUUGUUUCAUAUUUAUUUUUUGUUUUCGGUUUUGCAUCAGACAAUAUAUAGCAAAUUUUGGUAGAGAAUUAUGGGUAGAUUUUUGUUUUUGCCUCUAUGGCUUGUUUGUACUUGUCGACUGAUGUUUUCUUUUUCUUUUUUUUCUGUUUAUUUUUGGAUUCAGAUACUGUUUAUUUAUUUGUGUGGGAAUACAAGUAGGAAUGCGAUUCGUUCUUCCUCUGAAA